AUGGCCCAAGGCGACCACGACCUCAACUGUCUCAACAUCGACGACCUGGAAAAACUAGCCUACACCCGCAUGGACAAAAUGACCCGCGACUACUACAAUGAAGGCGCCGACUCCGGCUCGACACUGCUCGAGAACCUCAAAGCAUACGAGAAAUACCGUAUCCGUCCCCGCGUCCUCCGCGACGUGAGUAUAAUAGUCACCACUACCACGAUCUUCGGCCACAAGAACGCUGUACCCAUCGGUGUAGCGCCGACGGCGAUGCAGAGGCUAGCUCACUCGGAUGGGGAAUUGGCUACUGCUAGGGCGUGUAAGAAGAAGGGUAUUGCGAUGGGGUUGUCCAGUUUUGCUACGACGAGUUUAGAGGAUGUGGCGAAGGAAUGUGAUGGGGUGGUGCCGAAUGUGCUGCAGCUUUACCUGUUUGAGGAGCGGGCGCAUAGUAAGAAAUUGAUUGCGAGAGCGAAGAAAGCAGGAUUUAAGGCGGUGUUUUUGACGGUCGAUACACCGUAUUUGGGCAGGAGGAAUGCGGAGAUUAAAAAUCAGUUCAAACUGCCUUCGCACUUCAAGAUAGAGAAUUUCGCUUGCGAGGAGGACGAUGAGGAGCAGGGUGCGGAUGGCGGGAACCCGCGCACUGACAAUCUGCCAGCUAAUACGUCGGCGAAGAGGAAGGCGAAGAAGGGUUCGAAAGCAGGCUACACAGACGGCGAGUCUCGCGUCCUACCCACAGGCCCCAUAACCUUCCACACCCACGCCGCGAACCCGACUCUUAGCUGGGAGAAAGACAUUGAGUGGCUGAAGCAGGAAUGCUGUCCCGAGAUGGAAGUCUGGGUCAAAGGCAUCGCGACGGCCGAAGACGCUAUACUAGCCCUUCACCAUCAAGUGCGAGGGAUCGUGGUGAGUAACCACGGUGGACGCCAGCUCAAUGGCGCUCUAGCUACCCUUGACGCACUUCCCGAGGUCGUGGAGGCGAUUCAGGGCAAGAUUCCCGUACAUGUUGAUGGUGGGAUAAGGCAUGGGACGGAUGUAUUCAAGGCGCUUGCGUUAGGGGCGGAUUUCGUUUGGGUUGGACGGCCAGCGUUGUGGGGGUUGGCUUAUAAGGGCCAGGAGGGCGUGGAGUUGAUGUUGAAGUUGUUGAGUGAGGAGUUCAGACUCUGUAUGGCCUUGGCUGGGGUGACGAAGGUGCAGGACAUUGCGAAGGAGUAUUUGGUGAAGAUCGAUAAGAGCGGGUUUGUGUCUAAGUUGUGA